UCAAAAGAAGUUUAUAGGGUUAGCGAUUAUCGAACGAAAUGAAAAAACUCUGAACACUGGUAUUCAUGAAAUAGAUGCUUCUUUUUAUCUUAUUUAUUAUUGAGUAUAUGAUUGAACUGUUUUUAUUGAAUGUAAAUUAGGCUAAAAUGUAUCCAAAGUAAGAUAACAAUGAAUGAUAGCAGUGCGGAAUGUUCAGAAGCGUUGGAUCCUAGAGUUCAGAUUGAGUUGGAACGUUUAAACACUGCAACAGACGAAAUAAACAGACUAGAGGUAGAAUUAGACGAGGCUCGGUUAGCAUUCCGGAGACUGCUAGCAGAGGGGCAUCUCCGCAUUCAGCAAUUAACUAAAAAGCUUGGCACUAGUGUUCACAAAGCAAGGCCAUAUUAUGAAGCAAGAUUUAGAGCCAAUAUUACAUCACAAGAGCUGCAAGUGGCUACGCUCGCGUAUGACAAGGCGAACAGUGCUCACGCCGCCGCCAGGGAGAUGGUGUACCUGGCGGAACAGGGACUGGCACGACUGGCGGAAGGUUCCGAGGGUGGAGUCACCCUUGACCCCGCUUGGCAGGAGAUGCUCAACCAUGCCACUCAUAGGGUUAAUCAGGCGGAAGCAGAACGCGCUAACGCGACGGUGACGCAACGCACUAAGGCGGCCGCACACCGCGCCGCCACCGCUCUAGUACAACAACUGCAGAACGGUCUCAAGCGGCACAUCGCCAAAUCCAGGCCGUAUUUCGAAGAGAAGGCGCGCAUAAACGCAGCACUCGAGUGUCAGAAGGCGCGUAUCCAAUCACUGGAGGGUCAGGUGGCUGAAGCGAAACAACAAUACUCCUCAGCUCUUAGGAACCUGGAGCGAAUAUCAGAUGAAAUCCACCGUCACAGAUCGAGAAGACAGUCCACUAGGAAUGAUAUAGAUAGAUCUACGAUAACAGACACCGCCAGCGACACAAAUACUACGACCAGCGACAAACUAGAGGAGUUAUGCGACCACAGUGCAGACGCUAGUGUGCGCGAAUGGCUGCGAAGGACCGCGGACGCGAGGCCCAGAUGUCUGCCUGACUCGGACACCUGGACAGAGAUAGAUCUGGAUUAUUCCAGCCCGGAAGAGGUAUGAAUGUUAUUGCAGGUCUCAUUAAAAGUGUUUUUGAACAGCUUUAUUUUGUCUUGUUCCUUUUUAAUUUGUUCAUUAAAAUUUAGUAGAAUUAUAUAAAUACUCAAUAAAUUUUCGUUUAUAAACAGUAUUAAAUCCUUAAAUACAUAACAUUCAUACGACGAACGUUAAAAAAAAUAUUUUAUAUAUUUUUCUGAAUUUGCUACUAAUGAUGUUUAUUAAAGUAACAAAUGCCGUUCCAAUACAUUAAAGAAUUAUUGAUUUUUGCUAUCAUAUUUAUUACCAGUCUACGCUAAAAAGGGUUUAUAUAAAAUAUCAAUACUUACCUAAGCAAUUCCAACAGAAAUGACUACAGUAAUGUAGUACGAUGAUUUUG